AUGUCGACAUUUAAGAAAUGGCUCUCGAGGACAGAUAAGUUCGGAAAACAGCGAUCAGAAAGAUCAGAAAGACCAGAAAAGCCGUUGAUUGGUGGGAAAGAAGUUGAGAAAGAUGCUAAGAGUGGGGACAAAGUUGAAAAACUCGCUGUCGUGGGUGAUAAACUGUUGCACGCUGUUAUACCCGGAGAAAGCUCGAAAAUUGCAGUUUCGCAAAAUGGCGGGGGUACUACACCCAUGGAAAACACAACUCAUACUGAAAUUCAGGGCACAAACACUGGAUCCGCAACUCCUGUCGAUGGCAAAACCGGAUCUUCAAGCACCCUCAGCGACACUCAGAGCUUAAAGUCCGAUUUUGAACGGUUCUCGUUAGUAAGGCCUCAGAUCACCCCACUUUUGCCUUUUGGUGAUGGCUCAAAUAAGGUAUUUGGGUAUGAAAACUUCGGAAACACCUGCUACUGUAACUCGGUGCUGCAAAUCAUGUACAAUUUGCCAGAAUUGCGCAAUCACAUCUUGGAAUUUCCAGCUCGCAACGUGAAUGUCUCUAGAAGACGCAAAUCUGAAAUGCCUGGCGUGAAACCUCGCAUAUUCGACGAUACAAGUUUCUUACCCCCGUGUAACACCACUGACUCGUCGAAAAAAGCAAGCGGCGGCGGCGGCUGUAACAACAGUAGUCAAAGUUCGAGUAAAGACACGGGCUCUCGCAGAAGUUCAGCACCACAUUCCAGAGAUAGAGAGAACCACAGAUCUUCUACAAACUCAAGAAAUCAUAGAUCACAUAGUUCAGCUACCGUACACGGUACUGUAAUGGCUUCGGAUGCCAUAACGGAAAAACUGCAUGAAGGAUACACCAGAAUCGUGGUAGGACGCGUUCCUGGUAAAGUCGGAAAGACUAAAAUACCUCAAUCUAGCGACUCUAACUACUCAGCACAGGCUAACUCUUCGGCACUUUCUUCGGGUUCAACUUCGUCCUUUGGUUCCUCUGCCAAGCCUACGGAAACAUCAAGCGAAGAGCGUAAAAAAGCUGCUCUCAUAAGAGGACCGGUAUUGAACAUCGAUCAUAAUCUGAAGGACUACCUGGCGCCUAAUGAGAAACCCGGCCUGUACACUUCUUUGAAAGAUGUUUAUGAAAGCAUAGUGGAAAAUCGAUAUUUCACCGGAGUUGUAUCGCCCAUACAGUUCGUGGAGACUUUGAAACGCGAGAACGUGUUAUUUAGCACUAUGAUGCAUCAAGAUGCUCAUGAGUUUCUAAACUAUCUGCUAAAUGAAAUUCGCGAUUACGCCAACACAAAACAUGGAAAAGUGAACAAAGAGGAAACGUCCGCUCAAGCUAACUUUGUGGAUGAUUUAUUUAAGGGAACACUGACGAAUAGGACAAAAUGUCUGACUUGUGAUAAUGAAACUUUCUGCAACGAGCCGUUUCUGGAUUUUGCCAUAGAAGUAAAGGAUGAUGAGGAGACAGAUAUACAGACUACGCUAUCUGACUAUCAUCAAAGAGAAAUGCUCAAUGGAGCAAACAAGUUUUACUGUGAUGAAUGCUGUGGGCUACAGGAGGCCGAAAGGGUCGUUGGAUUGAAACACUUGCCAUUUUAUCUGUCUCUGCAUAUGAAGCGGUUCAAGUAUUCAGAGGAACAAAACUGCAAUACGAAACUUUUCAAUAAAAUUCAUUACCCAUUGAAUCUUAAAGUGUGCUCCACGUUUGACACCUCCAUUUGCAAACGAUACGAAUUGGUUGGAUUGGUGGUGCACAUGGGUGGAGGACCACACCAUGGCCACUACGUUUCAUUGUGCAAGACGGAUAAGUUUGGUUGGUUGUUAUUCGACGAUGAGACGGUAGAAACAGUGGAGGAAUCAACGGUGUUAAAGUUUGUCGGAAAUUCCGAUGAUCUAACCACGGCGUACCUUUUGUUUUAUAGAGAGGUCACGGAUUUCCGGCAAGAUUCUGAUGAAUAUGAGAAACGACAGGAAAAUGCAGAAGGUGUUGACCAACUUAUAAAGCUGGAUGAAAUAACUAGGGAGCACUUGGACAUUAACUGCGACCAUGCUGGAGAAUUGGAGGGCGUGCCUGAAGAGCGCUUUUCCAGUAAAGCUAAUUCAAAGGCUUCAAAAAGGCGGUCUAGACUUUUCAGUUUCAGGCGAUCACCAAAAGACUAG